AUGUCGUUGCCCACGCGCCUGUUACGGUUCCGGGCGCCAAACGCCGCCGCCAGCAGGACCAGCCUGCGCUGCUUCUCCUCCGGGACCCCGAAGCAGAGGGGUGAGAUCCUCAACAUCCUCAGCGAAAGCAGCGCGGCGCGGCCGUCCGCGCCGAAGAACCCGAUCGGAUCGACACUGGCGACGCGCAUGGCGCGCGACGCAGGGCUUUCGGAGCGCCCGACGCAGACGCGCGAGAUGGUCGAGUCGGAGCGGCGCGCGCAGUUCCAGCGGCAGAUCUACCGGCGCUGGCAGACGGGGGACAUUUACUCGCCGCACGACCUGACGGGCGCCGAGCAGAAGAAGUGGAAGUACGGCCGCAAGAAGCCGCAGAGCGAUGCCUUUGACGUCCUGGGCAUCAACCCCAUCAACGAGUACAAGAACUUCACAAUCAUGUCCGAGUACAUGACGGAAAUGGGCCGCAUAAAGCACUCCAAGGACACGGGCCUGCGCCCCAAGAACCAGAGGAAGAUUGCAAAGGCCAUACGGCGGGCCAUUGGCCUGGGGCUGAUGCCCAGUGUCCACCGGCAUCCGCUGGUCCUCAAGGGCGCCAAGCCGUCACAGUUCAUGUAA